AUGACUUCGGAACAAAGCCAACAAGACGUUGAGGCAAAAACAAACACGGUUGCCACAAAACAUGAAAGUGGAGAUCGGAGUGCUGGUCACGAAUACGAGGAUGUGCUUCAACUGAUCGGAUUUGGGCGUGUGCAAUGGAUUGUCCUUCUGGCGGCAGGACUCCUCCUGAUGAUGGUCAUAAACGAGACCAUGGGCAUGUCCUAUAUAACCAUUGUUUCCCAGUGUGAUUUUGAAAUGAAUUCAAAAGAUAAAGCCAUUAUGAGUGCUGCCAGUUUUAUCGGAAUAUUCUGUUCCUCAUAUUUUUGGGGAUAUUUGAGUGACACUGUAGGGCGGAGGCCGGUUUUGAUUUAUACAACUAUUGCUGGAAAUGUCCUAUCAUUGUGCUCUAUAUUUAUUCCAAACUAUUGGUUCUACGUCUUUCUACGUUUUGGUGUAGGAUUCUUCAUUGCUGGAGCCUCCUCCACCACUUAUGCGUACUUGGGAGAAUUCUUUACUCCCCGCCAUCGUCCAAUUGCCAUAAACUACGCCAGUCUUUUUGUGGGAAUCUCCACGGUUUAUGUGCCAGCCACUGCCUGGCUGGUUCUAUCCAUGGAUUGGAGUAUAAGUGUGACGGAUGACUUUGCCUUCCGUCCAUGGAGACUUCUAACCAUUUGCUACAUGCUCCCCGGUGUCAUUGGAACUUUAAUGCUUUGGACUUUACCGGAAAGUCCCAAGAUUCUUUUGUCCUUACACAAAACUGAAGAGGCGUUCUCUGUUGUGGAUUGGAUUGCAGUAAAGAACUCUGGAAAACAUUUGCAUGAGUUCAAAGUACAAAAACUUAAAACCGAAGUCUGUGCUGAUGGGGAAAAUAUCCUACUAAUAUCUAAAUCAGCUUCAGCAACCAUAAAGAAAAUGUGGAAGGAAACACUACCACUUCUAAAAAGACCACAUCUGGUUAACUUUGUCAUAAGUUGCACAAUCAUGUGUGGCCUAUUUUUCAGUUCUUCUGGUAUGGGUCUUUGGUAUCCAGAGAUUCAAAAUCGUUUAGGUUCUUCUGACUCCCACAAUUUGACAGUCUGCAAUGUUAUAGAUGCCUCCAUUGAUCAGAUGCAAGCCAAUCAGACUAACAAAGUAUGCGAUGAUCACAUAAACACUAAGAGCUACGUAGAUACAAUCACCUAUGGAACUGCCCUUAUUGUGGGAUAUAUCCUAAUGGGCCUCGUUAUCAACAAAAUUGGUCGAAAGGCUUCUAUUUUCCUUGGCCUUACCUUCGCUGGAGCCUGUGCCAUAGCCCUAAUUUGGAUCAAAGACGAUGUAGCUAUUGUGAUAGCUUUCUGCUUGUAUCUGGUUCUUCCGGGACUUUGCAUCUCGAUCCUGAGUGGAGCUGUAGUCGAUCUUGUUCCGACUCAUCUCCGUGGAAAGGCAGUAUGUAUUUGUCUGAUGCUCGGAAGAACAGGAAGCGUAUUUGGUAGCAACAUUAUUGGAGUACUACUGGACGCCUAUUGCACUGCCACAUUCGGGGUUUUCUCUGGAUUUGUUUUAGUUUGCGCCUUAUUGACGUUGAUACUGCCUAUUUGAGAUUGUUAUGUAUUUAUAAAUAAUUUAGUUUAAUUUAUAUUUAAUUAUA